AUGCCUCCCAAGAUCGAGCAGAAGGAAAUUGAAACAUACUGGAACAUCUUCGUGGACAGGACAGGAGGCGGACAGUUCCUUACUGGUGAACAGGCUGCGCCCGUCCUCAAGAACAGUGGUCUUCGCGAUGACCAGCUUGAAAAGGUCUGGGAUCUGGCCGACGUGGACAACGAUGGAAACCUAGACUUUGAGGAGUUUUGCGUCGCUAUGCGACUCAUCUUUGAUAUCCUCAACGGGGAAUUUGCCGAUGUACCAAAGACGCUCCCUGACUGGAUGAUCCCCGAGUCAAAAGCCCAUCUCGUGCAGGCAACUAAAGCCAUCACGGGGAAACAGCCACAGUUUGAACAAGUCGAGGAUGAGGACGAUACCCCUGGCCUGAAAGACGGGUUUGAGUGGUAUAUGAAGCCGGAGGACAAGGCCAAGUACGAGCAGAUAUAUCAGGAGAGCCGGGACAUGCGAGGAGAAGUAUCAUUUACAUCCCUCGAGGAUCUCUACGAGUCUCUAGACGUCCCCGAUACCGAUAUUCGAUCUGCCUGGAACCUCAUUAACCCAUCUGCUUCGUCAAGCAUCAACAAGGAUGCAUGUCUCGCAUUCCUUCACAUUCUCAACAACCGACACGAGGGUUUCCGAAUCCCCCGCACAGUCCCUGCCUCACUGCGAUCAAGCUUUGAGCGCAACCAGAUCGAUUACCAAGUCGACAACCAAAGGGGCGGAGUGUCAUCACGGUGGGCUACCAAGGCGGAUGACUCUACAACGACAGGGCGCAAGGCCAAAUUCGGCGAUCAGUACUUGACAAGGCUCGGACGCAGCGGUUUCAAGACGGCGGGCACCGACUUCUCGACGGAGAAGACGGAGGAUUGGGAAGAGGUGAGGCUCAAGCGCCAACUGCAGGACCUAGAGGAGAAGAUGAAAAAAGUCGAAGAAAUUGCAGAGAGGCGGAAGGGCGGCAAACGCGAUUCCAAGCCAGCGCUCGUCAAGCGAGAGUUGGAUCAACUUCUUGACUACAAGCGAAGGGAGCUGAGAGAUUUGGAAGAGGGCAAGGGCAAGAGUGCCGUUGGCGGAAGCUUGAAGAGCAUAUCGGAUGACUUGGAGACGGUCCGCGAACAAGUGGAUGGUCUAGAAUCGCAUCUGAGGUCUCGAGAGCAAAUCUUGGAGCAGUUGCAGAGGGAGAUUGAGGAUGAGAAGAGGGGUUGAGUAGGGGGAGUUUGAUGGCGGCAUGGGAGGGUAGCUUGGAUGGUUGUUUUGCGCGUGAACCAGACAGCGAGAUUGGUCGAGAAUGGUUUGCCAGUAUAUAUAUGUACAUGUAUAGAUGAGGUUGUAAUCAAGGUGAAGUUUAAUUUC